AUGCCGACUAAGCUUUUUAUGUUAUGCUCCUUAAUCUUUAGCACAUGCCAAGGACUGCAGUUCAAUGUUUCUCGAGUCGCCUUAGUAACAAAUUUGGGGUCGAAGGACCUUUUUACAAAUCUUGACCCUUCUGCAAAAUGCCCCAACGAGAAACCAAAUCUUGAUGCCGGAAGACCGUGGUGUGUGGAAAGGAAAGCUUAUUGCAGUUCUCAAGGCUGUUGUGUCUGUGAAUGCCAGUACUCUGAUGCAACCUUUCAGUUGAAAAUGAAUCCAUACAACGCAAGUUGUGUUGGAAACAAGGACAUUCGUACUUUUGCAGGUAGGCUCAAGAUUAUCAAUAUUGAUAUUUUACAUUUCGCAAUUAAUAUUUCCUAAAUCUCGACCUGCUAAAAUGAUAUGUAUGCAGAGGAGACGUCAAAUAUACCUCUAUUAUUUCUUUUGACGGAAUAUUCUUGAAUUGAAAUUAGCCGAUGAUCCACUGAUUAAGAAAUUUUCAUUCAUUCCUAAAUCCAAGACAAUUUAGGGCCUUGCUCCGAGAUUGAGUAUCGCAAGUACUUUCAAAAUAAUCCAGGUGAUCGAAAUAAUACUAUUCUGCAAAAGUUAUGAUAAUAUCGCUUUAUCUACCAACGGGAUCCAUGAUUAAAUCCUACAGCUACGACGAGAAGGUUUCAUUCAUUAUUAUGGAGUUGUAAUGGAAGUGACGUUACGUAAUCGGAGUCAGUGGGGUCUAAUCCAAACUUGACCGUUUUGAGAUAAUGUGUCGAAACAUUGCCAAAAAAAGAAUCCAGCCUAGGUCAUCAGGUCAUAUAAUUGUGAGUAAUGCAGAACAGCCCCUCGCCCAGUCCCUCCGUCCUCUUAAAGCCGUGACAAAAUUAAGCGCACUAGUAAUCAUAAUCAUUUUUUUUUCCUUUAAAAAGGCUGUUCAAAGUUGUUUGAAUCAGAAGCAUCGGCCCAUCCUUUGAUAGCUCUGGAUCCUUCAGCAUCAGGCUUUAAGGGAAUUAUAAACCUAUCAAACAAAUGCAAAGUGAAAUCUGUGGAAUAUUUAGACAUAACAUGGAAACCGUUAGCCAAGAAAGACACUGAUACAUUUAGUAUAAGCAGCAUUAAAAACUGGCCAUAUACAGCAUUAUUGGUAGGUACCCUUGACCAAGACUAAAGUAAGGAUUUUUUUCUUCCUGUACUUAUUUCCACCAACAGAUUACAGAGCAGUACAGUAAAAUACAAUGCAAUACAGUACAAAACAUUAAAUCACUGUCCAAAAAUAAAAAAUAAAAAAAAAUAAUAAUCACAGUUGACUUGUGACUGUACUUGCGAUAAAAUGCUGACUUAAAUCAUGGAAUAAAAUUUAAAAUUACUUCCAGUAUGGGGAAUGCACUGCUUGGGAAUUACUUAGAUUUAAUAUGCAAGAGAUAUAAGUGAUCAAAUAUAAUACUGGCUGCAACACUUAUGCUACCUUAACACUACUUUGGGUGCAAGAAAGGGGAACAAAGUCCCUGCACAAGGCAUGAGAAUGAAGCUGAAAAAAGGUCACUUUGAAUUGCUGAAGAAAAGAAUGAUGGUUGAUAGUUUUGUUUUUAUUCAAUGAUUAAGAGUUGUAAUGACUGUUUGAAAAUUUCCCAACUUUAACCCUUAACUCACUUGCAUCAGUAUACAUAUUCUCCAUACUGUUCUCUUUACAUUUCCCUAGGCACUGAUAAGGAGAAUUUGCUUAACAAUCAAUAGCUUAUUUUAUUUAGUGAUCAUUUCCUCUAUUCUUUGUACUUAAAUAGAUGAUUUGUGGUUGUUAUUGUAAGGAGAAAAUAGUUGCUAGUCACUCUAAGGGAUUAGAAGGUUAAGAUUUGAUUGUUAUCCCUUUAACUCCCACAAGUGAUUAACAUGAAACUUCUCCCUAUAAUAUUCAUACAUUAUCCAGCAAACAGGUAAUGAGAAUAUUCAAACAUGUAAGGUAGAAGUUUUUAUCCCAAUAUGACACCAAAUUCUCUUAACUAAUUUACAAGGAAAUGUGUUAGAGCUAGAGGGGAGAUUUAACAAUCAGAUCUGAGGAGUUAAAGGGUUAUGAGUGUUGGAUUUAGCAGCCAUUUUACUCUCACUACCUUUUGGGGGGCAAUGUUUUAUGACUUGUCUGAAGUCAAAAUGAGAUGAACAUUUUUAGGAAAUAUUUCUCAAGAUCUAUUGUUCUUUUUUUAACCCUUUAACUCCCAUGAGUGACUAUUAAGACAGAAUUUCUCCUUACAAUAUCAAUACAAUAUCAAGCAGAUAACUAAUGAGAAUAAAGAAAAAUAUCAAUUUGGGGAUAAUUAAUUGAUCCAAUGCUAAAUUCUCUGAACUAAUAUUCUAAGAAUUGUAUAGUUAACCGUAAGGAGAAUUAAAAAUUUGAUCUGGGAGUUAAAGGGUUAAUAAAAGUUACCUCCAUUUCCUCAGUUACUUUAGUAUGAAGCCCUGAGAUGUUGCGUAAAUCUCCAAAAACAAAUUCCAGCUCUACUUCUUUCUCUGAAGUCCAGCAAAGUGGUCAGUGGCUUUGCACAUCAACUAAUAUCCCAUUAGGUUUCUUCUUAAAACCAAAAUGUUAUUUCUGUUGACCAUUUUAUAAACAAAGGCUGUCAAAUAUGAUUUUUUCCUUUUUUACAGCUACUUAGAAAAAAGUUGAGCCUGGAGCUCUGGCAUUAUAGUUUUACUGGUUAUUUUAUUUACUAUUUUUAUCUCAAUUUUUUUUUUUACCUUAACUGGGGAUCACAUUAUUCCAUGUAUAUUUAUCUAUAAUUUUAUUAAAAUUAUGAAUCAGCAACUCAGGAAAGAAUUUAUACAUUUGAGUUGCAGUUCAGUGAGCUCUUAAACUUUUUUUUUUUUAUCACAGUGGAAUGGACAUCUGAAUUCUGCAUAUUUUGGUUACAUCAUGAGAGUGAAUGUUGAGUGUGGUAAAGGAAAUAAUAAACAAACAUACUGUGUUCUCUUCAAAACAAGAGGAACAUUAUCAGGUAUGUUCCCAUGUUUCCACAUAGGAUUAAGUUUUACAAGCCAAGAGAACCUGAUCUUGCUACUGCAAUGUAUCUGGGUAUCAAUAGCAUAGUGAAAGUAAGUAGAGUAUUGUUAGCUUGCACUCUUUGGUGAGUGUGGUGCUUUUGACCUCUACUCUUUUAUUUAUUUGUUACGUGCAGUGACUAUUCCAGACCUCUCAACUCAAAAACCACCAGUUACCAAAGGACAGUCUACAACAGUAAAGCAUCCAACUAAAAUAAUCACCAAGAAGGCCGCAACAACAACAACAACAACAACAGCAGCAAUAACAACAGCAGCAACCACAACAGCAGCAAGCACAACAGCGGCAACCACAACAGCGGCAACCACAAUAGCAGCAACCACAACGGCAGCAACAACGACAGCAGCAACAACAACAGCAGCAGGAACAACAGUGACAAUAACAACAAAAGCAAAAACAAUAGAAACAACAAAAGCUAUGACAAGAAAGUCAACACACAUGGCUUCAGCUGUAACAGUCAAAUCAACUACAAAUCAUGUGGACCUCACAACAAAAAGGACAAUUACAUCUGCAAAUGCUGAAACCUCUCCAACUAAGGUAUGUGAAAAGAGUACUUACUUCUGCUGUCCUACAAGAGCCUCUUUGUGGUUGUGCUGCUGCCAGACCAAUUUGGCUUAAUUUAGGGAUUCAUUUGAAAGCAGCUCCUUUAUCAUUCACAGAGAGGCAAUUACAUUAUUGUGCCCUUGAGCAGAUGCAUUAAAAAUUUGUUUAAAUGUUUUCGUAGUCAGAUAUGGAAAUUAGCCAUGUGCUUUUGCUUCUUACUGAAGGUAGGCUCUAUUCACUGUGGUUAAUACUUGAAUGGGUGAGCAAGAGAAAUCCUGUUUUGUUAACUUUUUUUUCCUUGUCUUUAUUUUUCAAUUGCAUUCCUUUACUUUAAAGAGUCAGCUUUAGCUUUAUUAUUUUCCACAUAAAACCAGAGUGACUGAAGAUAACAACCAAUGCAUCCACAAAAACGCCUCCAGGUGUUUUGUUUAACUUAAAAUACUCUGAAUACAUACAGGUCCCUACGUCUAAGGCAAAAACAACAGAAAAUACAAAAAGCACCAUAAUCAUGGCAGAGAAUACUUCCACUACUGAAAGUCAAGUUAUCACAGAUCACCCUUUCGAAACAUUGCCAAUAGAAUCAACUGCAGGAGAUUUUGCAACUCUGGAGCCAACUCACCACAGCUCAGGAAAUAAAGAGCCAGAAAACAAUGAAAAUAAGUUUAGUGCUCAAAAACAAGACAAGCUAGAAGACAUGACGAUUUUUAUAGUGAUAGGCGUCGCUGCUGUGAUCUGCAUUUCUGUUGGGUUGCUGUGCACUUGGCUCAUUAUCAGUCAGCGGAGAAAGCACAGGUAACUGUCAAUAGUUGGCAGUGGCUUUGAUUGUGUUUUGUAUUAGACACUUUCAGGUCUGGUAAAAAAAAUUUUCCCUAUAUGUGGCCAUUUAAAUGAAUUUGUAUGCUGAAUAAUAUGGCAUCGUUAUGAAACCACUGUGUUUGACAAUUCAAAUGAAAGCUGUAAAGCAGUGCUUUUAAAUAUUUAUUUUACUGCUUAAGGAAGUUUUGAUUCUAAGUUCUGGUUAUUUACACAAGCUCUAAACCAAACCAGGGUUUUACACAAUCAGUGAGCCUCAGUUACUUUCUAUUAGAGGAUUGAUUUAAUUAAAUUAAAAUGUCCAUCCUCUGUUAGCUUUCGACUAUCUUGACACUCUUAACUUAAAACACUCAUAAGAUAAAAGCAUUCAACUAAAUUGACGAUUGUUUAGGAUGUGGUUUUGUUAAACAAUGACCAGACUUUGUUUGAAUUAUGGGCCCUAAGAGUCUCUGGUGGAAUCCCUAGUGUGUGACAACUAAAAUGAAAGCUACUUUCACCUCAACUCUGAUUGAAACAUUUUAUCUCACUUUUCAGGAAUGCUGAAAGUUAUGGUGCUAGAACAACAGGUAAAGUUAUCAAGUGUUCUUAAGUUACUUAACUUCACGGGUUUAUCAUGAACCAACCUAAUGACCAGCUCCCAGUUAGCUUGUUAGCUCAGUGGAUAGAGCACUGCACCAGUAUCGCAGAGGUCAUGGGUUCAAAUCCCGUACGGGUCUGAAUUUUUUUCAGGCCAUAUUUUCACUACUGCUUAAGUAGUGUUCAUUACUGUGAAAAUCGAUCUUAAAUUAAUUAACAUAGUUUUGUGCUCAAUUAUCUUUGAAAUGAAGCGAUAUGUCACCAUUGAAUGUCAUUGUGCAAAAGGUUCACAAGUUCUUUCAGUCAUUAGGGAAUCAUCUUUUCUAGUACUACGUGAGCUACAAAUAAAUAUUCUGUAUAUUAAACUGCAGGAAGGUUUCCCGUUUGUUCUUUGAUUUUUGUAUUUCUGGAUUGUUUAGUUUUUUUUUAUGUAGAUUUGUUUCAUUUUUUUACUUUCAGUUAUUGCAAACCCUACAACUGGUGCACAGGUAAGUUGCCACGUUAGUGCUUAGUUUCCACAGUCUGACUUGUAAUUCUGCCUUUCUGCUGGUAUUAUUUUCUCUAUUGAUUAGUUUAGGGAAAGAAGUGUUACACCAAGAACUUACACACAGACUAGUUGAUACAUAUUGAAAUCACUAUUUUGCUGGUUAAUCCUAUAACCCCAAGGAGUGACUGGCAUCUAAUUUCUUCACUCAUGAAUCAAACAUUUUAAAGCUCACUAGAACAAAAGAAAUGAUUACCACUUGAAGAAGCUCUUGGUUGUUAAAAAAUUGUCAGCACCUUAAGAAAGAGAAUAGUAUGAAAAAUGUGCAUAUUGAUGUUAGGGUGUAAAGGGUAAAAGGAAGUGAAAUUUGAGAAAAUACACUAGAAUCUCUUUUGGAAAAUGAAAGGAGUAAGCUUGCAGUGCUCAGUCUUUGGUUUUUACUUAGUAGGAUUCAACCAUAUAUUUUCAAUAUCGCUAAAUUGCUCGUUGAAUGGCUUUUACUCUCGGUUGGUCACUUGCUCGGCGUUUCGAUUGAGCGUCGUUUAACUUGUGCUAGUUGAAAGUAACAACAGCGGGAAGUCCGAAAAAAACAAAUUUAUCACAAGCAGCCAAUGAGAACUUGAAGGAAUCACAUGCAAUCAACCCUAAGCGCGGGCAAGCGCGAUUGGCUUCUAGUCAGCGUGCUUCUCAUUGAUUGAAAGGGAGCCUCAAUGGAAAUUAUUGAUACUAUAAGCAAUUUUCGGUUGGUUUUUUAAUGUAAUCCGGUUCUUAGCUUCGGUUUUUAAUUCACAAGAUUCGCGUAACUUUUUUUUUUUUAACAAAUCAGGUGGAGAACUAUAACAAAUCACAGUUCUCCCAUUUGAAAUGUGUUUUACUUUCCUGUGUUGGGCAAAAAUGAAAAGUUUCCCGGUUCUUUAAGACGUCUUCUUUUAUUUAACAACAAUUACUUAGUGAAUUUAACCCACUAGGUAGGUUUGUGUUUUAUAUUCUAGAACCACUUCCCUAUGACUGGCUUUUUUAAGAAUCCUGUGUGCGAUGACGCAGUCUAUAUGGAACCAGAAGCUCUGGUUCGCAAGUCUUCCGUCAGUCUUAUAGGUGAGUUGAUUGUAACUCAAACAUACCCUCUUCCCUUGGGGCUUUCCUUGAUCGGUUUCUGAAAAUGAAGGGGAAAAGGUUAGUCUCUUCCCAGCUGUCGUUUGGGCAUGUCACGCGACAAUCUGGGUGGGGACUGGAGUGGAGGCUGUGACGAGCUCAAAGGACGGCUGGAAGGGUGAACACUCUAUUUAUUUAUUUAUCCUUUCAGUUCAUCAUUAUUACAUUGGCUGAACUGCAAAUAACUAUAGCUAACUAAGCUCAGCAAUUAAGAUUGAAAUAUCAAACUAAAUUAACUAAGCUAGCUGCCUAAACUAAAUUGGAUUAGUGUUGAGACGGAGGUAAUUUGGAAUAUGGGUAUGGAAGGCCUCAAGGUCAGAUUUGGUGGGUUGAAAUUUAUUUAAUUUUUCUACAUUUCCAGGCAAUCCUUCCUACGAGAAUUGUGAAGAUUUGCUAAUAAACAACCCUGGAGCAAAGAACAGCCAGCAGAUACUGCUGAACAACGCCACGAAAAAGUCACUCAAUACGUCCAGUAGAAAUAUUAUUCCUACUAAGGAAAAUUCUUACGACUGUGCUCACGUUAGAUCCCAUAACAAUGGAAAACCAGAUCAAGAUAAACCUGUUUAUCAGAGCUUGGUAGAAGCAGACGUCGAGGCAAGCUGCACGUCAGAUCCUAAUCUAAACACUUAUCAGAGCUUGAAUCCCGAUGGAUUAAUCUACCAACCCUUAAUAAAAAGCGUGGUACAGGAGGUAUUUAAGUGUUCCUCUGUUUUAAGAUUACACUAGAACGUAUUUCGAUUGAGUGUCGUUCAACCAAAAUCAAAGUCACCAAACGACCAAUCAAAAGAAAUAUAAUAUGACAAGGAGCCAAUGAGAGCUCAGGACUCAAAGCGCGGGAAAACACGGGUGACCAAGGUAGGAUUGGUUUUAGUUUUGCUUUUGAUUGGCGGACAGGGUUGCUCGAGUCUUCUGAGCCAAUAAUUGAGCGAAUCUAGCAAAAGCAGCCCAGUUCUUGAUUGCACUAUCUCGUAAACGAAGGGGCAUCUUUUGAUCUUUUGCCUUUGAACGCAACACGGGGUGGAAGAGAUUCAGGCCCGAAUCCACGACCUCGGAAUUUUCACGGAGAUUAGUAGAGUUAGAUAUUAGAUGUUUUCAAGAGAGAGUUUUGAAACGCCUUUUACACUGAACUUCGUAGGCUUGAUUAAGUCUUUGUUUCACCAAAUCCUUUUUUUUCUUUCUUUCAGCGUCAAUAUGAAGUACCUGAAUAUCUAGCCCUUCUCAACCCUGGUGAAACCCCAGGAAAAAACCUACCCAGUCCCCCUGAGUAUCAACCGCCCUACACCACAGGUCCACCCCCAGCGGAUUUGGAAGAAUCACCUGAGUAUGCUGACUAUGCAGAUUUAGACGAACUUGAAAAGAUAUCGGCAAAUGAGGCCUCUAAUAAGAGUUUAAAUGGAGAACAAUGUUAUUUAACACCACUACAUAAUGUCCCUGAGGGGCCUAACUAUGAUUACGCCAAUGAAUCCAUGUACGAUGUCCUGGAGGGUCCUGAUCCGCGCAUUUAUGGAAAUGUCAACCUUGGAUUUGAGCCACCCGCGUAUGAGGUCCCUGAACGACCAGAUUUUAAUUGAACUGGAAGAAGCGUACUAAACAUGCGUGAUAGUGAGGGACUGGCCGUUAUUCAUUGCCUAAGGGGGGAAGGGGGGGGGAGUAGGGGUUUGUAGGAAUUGCGACCACUGACCCGCCUCCAUUCCCUCUAAAAGCUAUGUAAUUCCUAAAAAUCCCUCCACCCCCAUGUGCAUGUACAGUGUUUAAGUGGCCAUCAACUCACUCAUCUUACUUCCCCACACGAGUAAAAUAACAAUGUAUUUAAUCCAUGGUGACGUCAUCUGUUCGUGUGUCCUUUUAUAGAUCAUAAUUAAGAACCAGUCGUAUGGUUUAAAAGAAAAUGGAUCACAAUCCGCUAAUCACAAUUCAUGAACUUGACUUGUUGAAACCAAGGGUCAACCGCAAUGUUGUCCGUGAAAUCUCUAAAGAACUUCAGAGUUAAAAUGUUGCAGGAAUUUGAAUGAAUAUUUUUUAUUAAUCAGUGAGAUAACGUAUAUUUGGAAAAACAACGUCUAUUUUAAGAUAACUUAUCUUUUAUGUUAUAUAUGUUUGAAAAAAAAAUGUUAAUUCAAAUAACGAAAUCUUAUUUGAUCGAAGAUUAUUUUAUUAAAUAACUAGCUCAACUAUUUAAAUGUUUUACUUUCUUAAUGUUGGAAAGCCCUAUUCCAAGUUAGAAUAUCAACUCUCGAUGGAGAUUUGUUCAUUUUGGAAAAGUCAGCUUUCGAAUCCUUAAGACUUUCGUCGGUAAUCCUUUUUAAUUUUCUACUUCAUUAUCUAUUCACACUCCUACUUAAUUUUUAUUACCAUUGUGGAGAGAGUUAAGAGUGUCCUCUUCGAAAUAGGGCUUGGACAGGGAAGAGACUGAAAUCAUGGGUAACGCUUCCGACCCUUUUAAGUCCAGACGAUCUUUUCCUUCGAAUUUUAACGCAUGUUACAACGUUCCUUUUUAGGUAUCGCUAGAAAGUUAUGCUUCCUUUUCGAUUUGUUUUUUUUUUAACUUUCCAUCGAGGACGAAGUGGGUAAGGAAAAUUGAAACAAUAAUUCCUCUUUGGAGCUCCCUCGUGGUUACAUUCGCCCCUUUUGUGAAGAUUCCCUUUACUUCUAAAUUAGUCAGAUAACGGCUACACAUUUCGUUGAGACAAAUUGAGUGAUUGCGAUACAAAAGGAUUUUUAUAACGGCGGAAAAUACCUCGAGAAGGUGAUAUUCAGGCCUGAGCUUAUUACAUUCCAUAAGAAUAUAAACCGACACGGAAGAUGAAAAAUUCCUUUAAAGGAGAUAGAACGCAGAUGUCAAUUACGCAAAUCGCUAAUUGAUUCCAAGCGUCAACUGACGAAUAGGAGAAAAAAAACAUCCUGUUUUUCUUCGUAAUUUCACCAUGGAAAGAAAUUAUGUGCCCCUGUCUCGUAGGGUGAGAGGCAAGGGUCAAAUAUAUUUGUCCCAUUCCGUUCUCUAAACUAUUUUCAGUAGUCCUCUGACGUUGAGCAUUUGCGCGUAAAAUUUUGAAGAUUUGUACAACGUAGACCGUAAAAGACACGGAAUAAUGUGGUUUUUGUUUCAUGGUGGGAUACACACGAAAAGUGCCAAAUAUUUACUCAGCAAUAAUUCAGUUGAAGGUCACAUGAUGUCGGGAUUAAAUUUCGCGGUGUGUUUAUUUCUGGAACAAUGAUUAGGUAGCUUCAAAAUACGACCAAGGGAGCAUUUUCCUCGUCCAUAGAACCCAAAAGCAUGAGUCAGAAUAUUGAUUUACUUACAGUCCUUUUCGCUGUGUGUUAUUUCAUCGUCAAAGGUCGGACUGAUGUCGUUUUUUCUACUCUGACUCGAGAUGUCGAUGGAGACUACUUCACUGACGUUUGCGGAAAUUGCUAUAAAUACGGGGCGGUCGAAACACAAAGGGUUUGCAGAUGCAAAUCAACGCAUUCAGUUUUUCUGCGAAAUGAAGGACGAUGCAAGGAUAGAAAUGACUUCGUGAAUAGUAAGUAAGGUGGAAUUUAGCGUGCUUGCUCUCCAAGCAUAACUACACUAGCUAACUUCUCUAGAAGUGUUGAAUUAUUUAUUGGAGUAAGUACUCUGUGCAGUAUGUGCUGUUACGUGGUAUAGAAGUAGCUUUAUCAAAACAAUCAAGUAUAGAGCUGAAAGAGUAGUGAUGUUUUUGAGAUGUUGAACUUUGUUCCAUUCACGUGAAAAGCUUAAAUCAAGUACUCAAGCUUUGAAUUAAUCAACACAAAAAUUUUCCUUUAGCAUGCUUUGACUAGCUCUAAAAUUAUGAAAACUUGCAGAGACCUUCUUUAACGGCAUAUUUCACCUAUUUUUGUAACUAGAUGGAAUAACUAUUUAUAUACCUAACAGCCAUAAAAUUGUCAAAGAAAUAAAACUAAACGUUAAAGUAAGCCAGUUUGGAAUGAAUUUCCUUUUAAUGAUUCAGUGUGGCCAUAUUACAGAAUACCAAGGAAAAUAUUUUCUUUCACUCUAUAUAAACUGGUAGUUUAAGGGGAUAAGUUUCUAAAGAAACUGUGGUGCUGUGUUGGUGGGAGAGUAGAAGAGGAUAAUAUCGUAUUGUCAAGGGUUUCAAAGCUAACGUUUUAAGCAUUAGCUCUUUGUCAGAGCCAAUAGAAGCAGAAGUGGAAUUUAACAUGCUUUGCUUCGUCAGAGCAUUUUCUUUGAUGAAGAGCUAACCCUUGACACAUCAGCUUUGAAACCCUUUAAGGUGACUAAUUUACAUUAUCAACUCAGUUGAUAAUACUAAAUACCCUCAAAAAUGUUACUAAAUACCCUGAUAUGUAGGUUAAUUUUAUACUUAAGUCAUGGGGCUUAUCCAGCUAGAGCUUAUAUUGGUAUCCUGUGCAACUCCCUCCCGAUUGAUGGGAUGCCAGUCUAUUGCAAUCAGGCUUCCCUGAUAAUUUGCUGAUACAUAAUCUGAUACAAGAGUAAAGUGUUUUGUCCAUGCAACACAGUGACAUUGCCUGAGUUCUUGAGCCUGUACCUCUCUAUCUGGAUUCCAAUGCACUAACCAUUUGAGGCUAUUACAUCUCCUGAACCCUUUAACCCCUAAGAGUGACUAGCAUCUAAUUUCUCCUUACAAUAUCACCACUGAAUCACACAUUAAUGUCUUGAGAAUAAAGGAAAUGAUCACCGACUAAAGAAACUCUUGAUUGUUAGACAAAUUCUCCUAGUCAGCACCUUUAGCAAAUGUAUGUAGAACAGUAUGGAGAAUAUGCAUACUGAUUCCAGGGUGUAAAGGGUCAAUAAAUAUGAAUUAUUUGUUUACCUAAUUAUGUCAUUUGAUUAGUUCAUUAUAUUCAUUGCUUUGUUUUAAUUUUUCCACAGUAGAGGAGAAAUGUCUUUCUUGGCACAAAUUGGUAGAAGUUAUUGAUCCUGAAAAAGAAGCUAAAUAUUAUUUUAAUCAAGUUUACUCCAAAUAUGAGUCAUGCCGUUUGAAACCACUGAUAUCCUUUCAUAACAGUAGUACAGGAAAAUGGCAUUUAGCCAAUUUGACAGGAAAUCAGUUCCUCAUUUUGAAUGCCCGGGUACAUUCAUCCAUUCAAGUGAAGGUAUGCUGAAUAAUUGUCAAGCUUUUAUGAAGUAUUGGGUAAUAUUAUUUGAUACUACAAUUGUGAAUUGAAGCAAAUUAUUUCAUAGUCACCUUUUUGAAUGCAGUUACGUACUGUUAUGAAACACCCAUAUAUAUUAGUUACAAAAAAAUUUCUUAGGGUAUAGCAUUCCACAGGUUAACUGACUGUUUUUUUUCUCAGUUGAAACAGAAACCUCAAAGGGUUUGUGCACACAAAGAAAAUACAAGUUACCUAUAAUCAAAAACUUUUGGCAAAAUAUCUUUCACGUAUCAUCUGGAAUCAAAAUUGAACCAAGACUUUGAUUCAUAAUGGUUAUAGGACAAUAUGGAGUCAAAUUCGGUGUGUAAUUAUUUGAGUGAUUAGAAAAUCAGAUGACUGUAAUGUAAGAGUCCUAUUUGUCGAUCACAGGUAUGAUUACAGACUGAAUUGGACAUCUCAAAGUCAUGGUUACCAAGUGAUUAUAACUGUUAAAAAUUCAGAAAAAAACAAAUACAUUUAUUUGAGAAAACACCUCCGGUAAAGACAUUGUCUAAAGUAGAAAAUUUCUCCAUUUUGGAAAUUCUCCAGUUUUGUGGGGCAUGUGGUUGCUGUUAAUGUAAUCAAUUCUGUGAUUGGUGGAUUUAGCUGUGUGGGCUUCUUUGAUUGGCUGCUUUAACUGUCCAAUUACAGGUGUCUGAUUACAGCCAACUGUCCAACAGUCCAUUUUACAGUUGUGUGCUUGGUUGCCAAGCCUUUGAACAGGAAUGAGGCUAAGGGUGACCUUGUUAUGAUACAACCUUACUGCUUUUUAAAUGCAGAUUACUUUGUUAUCAUGCUAACUAGAUAGUGGUCUGUAUCAUAACAAGGUCACCUUCAGACUCACUCCAAAUCAAAGGCUUGGCAACUAAGUACACAACUGUAAAAUGGCCUAUUAUACUGUCCAAUCACAGCUCUACAGAAUAAAUAAGUAUAAAACAGAGCAGUUAAUGCACCAAUCACAUUUGAAAUUGUAAUGGCUUAUCGUGAUUAAUAUUGAACAUAGGUGGUAUCGUUUGAGAAUUGGGUUUAACAGGUACUAAUAAUACACAGGGAUACAGGCAGUGAGCAAAAUGUAUGCUUGUACUGUUAUUACCUGUUUGUUAGACCAUAGAAUGAAGGAUUUAUUAUUUCACUAUUAUUUAAUUUUCUAAUAUUUUAGUCUCAAGAUAAAUCCAACAACUUUAUCUGAGCAUCAUAUCAAUCACAUAAGGGUACGUGGAAAAGGUGAAAGGCAAUGCAAACCAAAUCAGUAAUCUUUUUUUAGACCAAUGAAAAAAUCAUGACUAAAAAAAGGAAUAAGCCAAAGUUGGGAUCAUUCAGUGGGACCAUUUUGCUACUUCACUUUCCGUCAGUAUUUUUAGGCUGUUCUACACUACAAUUUCUGUGGCAUACUUUGUGCAUUACAUUAUGUUAUUACAUGUAUGAAAAAUGGUGUAAUGGUGGAAUAAUUAUCAAAAUAUUGGAUAUUGCUUAGUUUUAGUGGGGGCAUAUUCCAUGAAGUGAUGGGUUCAGACCAACUGUGUUAGCCUUUUUACUUAAAAUAACUGAUAGAUCAUAUGAAGUAAAUUUUUGCUUGAUGUUAUCAUCUUUUAAAUGUCAGGUUUCUCAAAAAUCACCAAACUUGACUAUGUUCAAAGGCUAUAUUAUGAAGCUGCGACUGAAUUGCACCAAACGUCCCAUGCUUAGCAGUAGUAAUAAGACAAGAACAGAAGACUCUUGUUUAAUUUUUAAAGUGAAAGGAGAGGUCCAAUGUAAGUAUUGUAAAAAAAAAAACUUUCUAUAUUAGAUACAAUUAAUAAGAAUGCUUUAAACUAUCAGAUGUCAUAUAUAACUAGGACCGUGAUUUCUGGGUGAUUAUAGGCAUGGGAAAUCUGUUCAUUAGUUUAUCAGUUAACAACUUUUGCAGUGAGUAAUACAGAUGGGAGGCAUGUAUUAUGUGACAAAUUUAAAUUUAUCAACAUUGACUGUAAAGAUAUGAAAUAUUAUGUGAACUGCAGUUGAAGAAAUGAAUAUUGAAGCAAUCGUUGCAGUUAUGAAAUACUUCUUAUACACACCACUUUAUUUUUUUCAAUUUUUUUUCAGGCCUUAUUUUCACUACUGCUUAAGUAGAGUUCAUAACUGUGAGGAUGGCUUCCAUAUUUGUUUCUAUCAAUAUUGGUUUUACAGUAGUCACCGCUUUGAUACAAUAGUUCAUUAAAAUAUGCUUCCAACAAGACAAUUGUUGAAUUGUCCAAAAGAUUUCUCACUUCAAUGCCUUUCAACUUAGCAAACAAGUUUUAUGGCACAAAAUCUGAUAACAAAAAUUGGCAACAAAAUUUGACAACAAAAAUUGGCAACAAGACAGCGGCGCAAAGCUGCACAAAAAAAUGAGGCAUAAUGAUUUCGCUGGCCACAUUGUGACAAAGCAAAUUUAUAAUCCAAAAAUAGUGGGCACAUCAGUGAAAACUUUCUGUUUAUUUACAAUUUGUUAUUAUUGGCCCUGAAAAACCCCUUUGGGAGGUGGUCGAUUUAUGUAUAUAAUCAUUAUGCAUGGGGUCUCCUUCCUUAUGAGGCAAUCUACAUAUUAUUAAGUCAAUGGUCAGAACUGGUUAACAAAGUUUGAAUCAUCUAAUUGUUCUUGAUAUGUAACAGGAAAUAAGUAUACACACAUCUUUGACCUUACAUUUAGUGUGUGAUCUUAGAAUGCUUUUUCAAGCACCUGGUCUCUUAUGAUGUCUUUGGUAUAAUUUGUUGUUUAGUCCCACUAGCUUGCCCACCAGGCACCACAGGCACGUCAACCAAGCAAUCAACCACCACAGGAACAACAGGGACACCAAUCAUGCCAAGCACCACCACAAGCACCCCAACCAUCACCACCACAAAACCAAUCACUACACCUGAUCAAGUAAGUGAAUCAAUAUUUUGUGUUUUGCAUGCUAAUAGGAAAAUCUAAGCAUUUCAAGGGAACAUGGCAUUUCCCAAUCUCAUGGCCAGUUUGAAUUUGUUUGCAACCGUGACGAAAAGUCAGUUGUUUUGAUUUAGGUGGUGAACACACUAAUUUACUUUUAAAGCCAGAGACUGGUGGUCUACUGCUGUCUAUGAGACCACUAAAGUAGAGGAGUACUCCUGAAACCAUUAUAAUUUUUAUCUCCAGCAUUCAUGAAAGAAUCAAACUUGCUUUUGAGAAUCAAGAGAGUAAACUUUACUUUUCAAAAAUCUUGAACCUUGGUUAUGUCAGCAACCUCAUGGCCACUUAUCUGUGGCAUAACAAAGUCUUAUGACUCCUUUUGCUGUCUCUUUAUGACAAGGAGUGACACAAAGAAGCAGUAAUGUUUUACAACUUGGAAAAAUUAUUUUUAUUUUUUAUGACAAGGUGGGCAGAGGCAAUUUUUGAAUUACUCACUAUAGCUCUGUGUGUGUAGCCAGGCUAUUGUGUUGCUUUCAAAAUGGCAAUGUCUAUAGCCAAGGUUUAAGUUCAUUUGAAGUACUCUCAAACUGUUCACAUGGAAGAAGUCAAUUUUUGUAUACACUCUUUAAUAAAGGAGAUUAAAGUUUAUCGUGAUUUCUAGAGCACACAUUUCAAUUGAGACUAUACAUAAGAUUUAUGUGUUCUCCUUCUUGGUCACAUCUGCAUGUUUCUGGUUUGAAAGGAAGUUCUGCUUAUCAUAAAUUUGUGUCGUCAAAGUUCUUCAACAUUGAUUGGAAGAGUUACAGUUUUUUUUUUUCAAAUUUUACUUUUGAUUUAAGUUGUAGACACUGCAUACUGAUCAGAGUAUCUAAACAGAUUUUUUAUAUCAUUCACAGGCAAUUAAUGCAGCUAUUGUGGUUAUUGGAAUAAUUCUAUGCCUGCUUCUUAUUGGAGUCUUCGCAUAUUUGCUUCACCAAUACACAAUUUUAUGCCCAUGCAGAAGAAGGUAAAAUUAUUCAAGUUAUUUUUAAGGGGACACAAUUUUGCACCGGAAAACUGAAAUUUGCAUUUAGUGACAAGAAUGUGGUGUCAGGUCAAGAUUGAAGAAAUGUAAAAUGGUUUCCGUGUUUACAUAGCCUGAUGUAAACACGCAAGGGAGGUUGGGAGAACACGAGAUAAGCGUAAGAAACCAUGACGCGAAACGGAGUGGUUUCCAGCUUAUCGAGUGUUCUCCCAACCUCCCAAGUGUUUACAUCAGGCUAUGUAAACACAGAAACCAUUUUACAUUUCUUUUAUAAAAUAACUAAUGAAAGAGGAACGAAAACCGUGUUUACAUAUGCUCAUGUAAAAUGGUUUUUAUGGCCAAUCAGAGCAUGCGUACUAUUUGAAUUAUUUUAUAAAAUAACUUUGAGUAUUCUCAUUAUCUGUUUGCUGAAUAUUUUUAUAGAUGUUAAAAAGAUAAGUUAUAUGUUAAUCACUGCAAGGGGUUGAAAGGUGAACAAAAACUCAAUUUUGUCUUAAUGGAAGUAAAAUUUACUUGAUUUCCAUUUAAUUUAGGGAAAAUAUUAUAACAUAUUUUUUUUUCAGGAAGAUUUAAGAACCUGUAUGGGAGAUUAAGGGAGGUCUCCUGUUUUAGAGAGAAUCACAUGUGAUAAUGGGAGAUUUGAAAAAUAUAAAUUGUUGAACCUUCUGAUCCCAAAAAGUGACUUGCGUCUAAUUUCUCCUUACACAAGAGUAAAGAAUAUUAUCCCCAACUAAAGGAGCUCUUGAUUGUCAAACAAAUUCUCCUUGUCAGCACCUUAAGAAAUGUAUAGAGAACAGUGCAUACUGGUGCUAGAGUGUAAAUGGUUGAACUGUGAAUUAACCGGCUAAAGAUUUCCUUCUCUCUCACAGAGGACAUCAAAUUGGAGGAGGUAUCAUGAAUUCUAAUGGUAAGACUGAUAAGAAUUUGUUAUUAAUAGUUAUAGCUAUCAUUGCUCUUGUUUUUGUUACAAAUUGUCUGUUGUCAUUAAUAUUGCUAUGAUGAUGUAUGUGGUGCUUUAGUAAUGUAUAUAGUAAGGGGAAUAUUUUUGAUAUCUCCUUUUUCUUAAUUAAGAGCUUAAAAACCAUGAAAAGGGUUGUAAUGCUAUUAUUUUAAGUAGUUGUUCAAGCGUUUUUUUAAAUUCUUUUUUAAAAGAAUUUCUGAGUGCUAUCAAAAUCAUAAAAACCAAGUUAGGAAUUGUUUCACUCAAAAGUUUUGGAUUUUUUAUAACACUUUUUGCUAACAGAACAAAUAGAUUAGGAUGUACACAAGCUUACUCAUACAGUCAUACAUGAACAGAAUGAGGAUCUAGGGGUUGAUCUGAAAAUUAUGCAAGAGAGACAUUAAUGUAAAAAAUCCAAAAAUCCUCCGAAAAAAGAGGCUUAAGUCCAAACCCCGUAGAAAAUAUGUAUUAAACGCGUUAAAUGAGUCACAUCAUUUGGCUGAAAUAAAAACUCCGAAACUUAUUAAAAUUCCUAACAAAGGAGUGACUAAUUAACGCGAACGAAAGCUUAAAAACAACUGACAAAAACUGACGCGAAAAAUGUCCACUUCAGUUCUCCAAUGUCAAGGUUAGAGUUCCUUCACGUGAUUAGCUAAUUUGUGAAAUCACGCGCGCCGCGCGUGAAUACAAAAAGAAUACAAAGAGGGGAGGGGAAGAGAAAAAUUGUGACUUGAAAUUUAAAAACGAAAUAGAUUUCUUAAAUCCUCGAUUCUGAUAUUGGUUAAUAGCGCAAUCGUAACUAGUCAAACUUUGUUCUCAUGGUUCAGAUUUUUUCCCAUGCUAUUUUUGGCCCAAAAAAAGUAACCAGCUGAAAAAAAUUGAAUAAGUUAAUUACCAGUCCUUCUAGAAAAAACUGUGCCGUUGGUCUUGAGUGCGGCCCUGGGCUAUUAAAUGGUUCUUAGGUCCUAUGUUCAAAUUUUUUCAUGAUUGCAUUUGUAAUUUAAUUUUUUUUCGUUUUCGGUGAAAGAAGACAGGGACUUCUAAAUACACGACAAAUGUUUUGUGCAUGUUUUUUCAUUGACAAGUGUUCUAAAUUUUUUUUUUAUUUUGCAGUGAUUAACAAUCAAGGGCAGCCGGUAAGUGAUGAAAAACUCUUUGAAGUCUUUAACAAUUUCGUCACGUGUCCUUUUAGUUCUUUAACCCCUGGAAAUGAUUGACAUCUAAUUUCUCCACCCCUGAAUCAAAUAUUAAAAUCACAAGAAUAAUCAAAAUGAUUACCUACUAAAGAGUAUCUGGAUUGUUAAACAAAUUCUCCUUGUCAGCAUCUUAAAAAACGUACAGACAAUAGUAUGGAGAAUAUCCAUAUUGAUUUUUGGGUGUAAAGGGUCACCGUUAACACUGAAGCUAUCCCCUAGUAGUACCUUGACAGUAGUCUGUGGCAUUAGACUGAAAAAUGGACUAGCUCCACACAGUUAAUGUGGUUAGUAAGUGUUUUUUUUUCUUUAGACUUUCAGAAUUCAAGAGGAGCCUGUGUAUGCCGAAGUGGCAGAUGUUUAUCCUUUGGAAAACAAGGCUAAAGGUAAGAGUUUAUAAGAUCAUCUGUUCACAAUUUUGGCGGCAAAUUACUCCCCAGCCCUCCUCGGUUUUUAUGCUACAUAAACACGGAAUUAGACUAACACCCCAUUCACACCAAAGAUUAUUUAGAGCUGUUUCGUUGAACACGGUUCAAAAUUGUUUUCUCGAUAGUAGGUGCUUAAACCGAUGUUUGCCGACUUCAAAUGUAACACAUGGAAGAUACCAUUUUGCGAGUACUUGAAUCCUAUGGAAAAUUCAGUUUUUCAGUUCUCUGUUUCUGAUAUUCAUUUAGUUAAGCCCAAUUUGACUAAACGAGUUUUCAGGGGGGGGGGAUUGGGGCAUUGACCCUCUGUUGCUUAUAUAUAUUCUUUAUGUAACUUGUUUCAACUUUUUUUGCUGUCUUUUUUUUCAGGAAAAGUGACAGUUAGUCUUGAUGAAAAUCCAUCAGUUGUUCUGAAUCUUUACGCACAGGAAGUUGGGUUUUCAAGAGGAAGACUAAACCCUGAUUCGCCAUUGUCACGGUCAAAUCUUGAAGGAAUUAGAAGAACAAGUGAUGAAUCAAGAAAUGUUCGCGAAAGGGACAGAAGUCUACAAGAAGAGGAAACCGACGGAUCACUUGUGUUUAGAAAUUUGCAGUUUGAAGAGACUUCUUUUAGUUCUUUGCCAAGGCGAGAGCAAGACUUGAAAAAACUUACAGAAUCACGGGAACAGGGUGAUAGAGGGAUUUGUAAUUAUCACGAAAAUCACAGUCAUCACGGUCGUAACGAACAUCUUGAUCGUCACGAUCAUCACGACUGUAACGAACAUCUCGAUCAUAACGAUGGUCAUUGUCUUCACAGUCCUAAAUGCCAAGAAACUGGUGAUAAUGUUUUGUAUGAAGGACUCAUAGAUAGAACCCGAAUUCGGAGCAAGUUUAUUUGUCCGAGUUGUAACGAUAGCUCGGAUUAUCAGAGACCUAACACUAUUGGAUGCUGCCCGCACCGAGAAAAGGAGAACAACACAAGGGAAAAGACACGGUCGUUUUAUGAAAGUUUGGCGCUCAAAGAAGGCACGAGGGAAUCUGAUUAUGCGACACCGUCGGCCAUGGAGGUAAGGCAUAGGGCCUUUAAUGUGAAUGAACUUUUAGAUGGGGGGGGGGGAGGGGGGAGGUGUAAUGUUAGCGCGCUAGAGUCUGGAUGGGCAGAGUUUGGACCAUGACCGGAUUGAUGUGUUGGGUUCAGGGAAGUUUUGUUUCACCCCCUACUGGCUUGCCUUCCAACCGGACCACCUCCCCCUUUUUUUUUUUGUGAGGAAUACAUAUGGGUAGAAGUAAGCUCAGUUCAAGGGGAAUCGAAUCGUGGAAGGGGGGAUUACCUGUGAUAAACUAACAUCCCACCUGGAAGAGGAAAGAAGCAAUACUCCAUAUCACUUAAUGCUAUGGAAAUCUUGAAAAGCUUGGGAAGUUUCUGGUAUGCUAGACUCGUAAGACUUACCUCAUUAUCCUCCAAGAUCUGAUUGUUAAUUCUCUUCUCUAGCUGCAACAUAUUUCUUCGUAAAUUAAUUACCAGAAUUUGGUGUUAGAUCACGACAACAACUCUUACUUGAUAAGUUUGAGUAUUCUCAUUACCUGUUUGCUGGAUAAUGUAAGGAUAAUAUAGCGAGAAGUUACAUGUUCAUCACUUCCGGGAUUUAAAGGAUAAACCCUUUCUCUCCCAGAUUUUAAAUAUCAAUUCUCCUCACUUUCUUCUCAUAAUUAAAGCUCUCAGAAUUUGGUGUUGUGUCAAAUAAUGUCUUCCAGUUUAUAUUUUUCUUUCCUCUCUUCAAUUUUCCGUAAGAAAUUGUAUCGAUGUUGUAAAGAGAAAUUCCUUUUCGUUCGCACCUGGGAGUAAGAGAUAAACCUUGGAUCCAUUUUAUCGCUGAAUGAGGAGGGGAAUUUAUUGCAAUGCGCAUUGCAGUGCCUUCCAAGUCUAAUGCUCUCGGUUGUGCCUACGACAUAGUUACACGGAACCCUGGAUUUGCGGAGGCUAUGAAGUUCGAAAAAGGAACUGAAUCAUUUUGUUUUGUUUAGCACAACAACUCAAGUAGUCAGGAUGGCAAAGAACUACCGGAGUAUAACAUUCUAGAACCGGAAGAGUCAGGUAAUUGAUUUUUAGGCCUUUUAAUCGCACAAGAAGUUAAGAUAUCUUGCGAGAUUUUGAUGGUCGAUACUUGAAUACGUGUCACUGGGCUUGAGAUGUAAGUGUCGAAAUCUUAACUGAGUUACAGAGUCUCUCGCGAGCCUUGAUGAAUUUGUAUGCUGUUUUCUAUCCUCGUCAAAGUUGUAUGCAGUGCUGAAUGACAUUAAUUCCACCGGACAACAAAUUUUGAAAUCUUUGAAAGGAAAAAUGAGUUGCUUCAAGAAGCCUUUGCUUCUUGUAUUCACUAAACUUUUAGUUUCGUACACCUCAGCCAAAAAUAAAAAACAACAACAACGACAACAAUAACAGAUUUGGAUCAAAACUAAGAGUAACACCACGAAUCUAGAGACAAGAGAAAAAGCAAAACACGCACGGUCAGGCAUUUUUGUAAGAAUUUUUUGAUUUAUUAAUUAUUAACUGAUUGAAAGAGCAAUUUUCAAUUGAGUGUCGAAGGUAAUCCGAGAUUGCAUCGGUUUUGCCUCUCUUCGCUCUCUCAACCAAUCGGAUGCAAAACUAAAACCAAUAACGACUUGGUCGCCCGCGUUUUCCCGCGCUUUAGACAGUUUGGUUUUGUAUACUUUGAGUUUUCAUUGGCUCUUUUUUUCUUUUCUUCUGAUUGGUCGUUGUCAUUACAUUGUUUUUAGUUUUACGACACUCAAUCCAAAAGCGCUCUCACAGUAACCUUGAUCAGAUAAUAUUUGUAUUUGUAAUACUUUGACUGGUGAUAUUUUUACAGAGCAAGAACUAAGACCUGUGAGUCACGAAUACAACAUCCUUGAACCGGAAACACCCUCUGAUGACGUUCAGAGUGAUAUGAACGAAACAUUUCCUAAUUCGGGCUCAACAGACGAAGAGAAAGAUCUGCCGAUUCAUCCCUCAGAGAUAAAAAGCCUUGAAAAAAACCCUGUCUAUGCCUUUCACUGGAAAAUGAAAAACGAUGAACCUUGUGUGAGAAGGCGAGCACGUAGUAUGUAGUUAGUAGUAGUCAAGGGGCUGUGAAACUGUCGCAAACCUUUUCUCAUUACGAAGCGAAAAUAGCUUAGUUCUGUAGUGUACUUAGCUCACUUGAGGGAGAAGGAUUCACAAAAAACCACUCAAUUUUUAUUUCCGGUAAUAGAAAGUUAGUGAUGAAAUUUACAGCUUACCGCAUUUUAAGAUUCCAAAGAGAGACGUAACGUCAAGAAACUUGGUUCAAAAGGUGCUUAAAACUCCAGUUUAACCGUUGUCAUUUUGAAAAUGAGUGAAAGCUUAUGCUAUCUUUGAAAUCUCAAAACGCUUUCAGUUUCAUAAUCUUUUAUAGGCUUUUUGCUGACUUAGAUGAAAGCUUAAAGUUUUCUUGAGAUGACUGGUUUUCUAAACCUUGCGAAGCCCUAGAAGCCCAUGAUGCAAAAUUCCUGAAAAGAAUGCAGAUACGCAGAUUGCACUGCAGGCAAUCCCUUUGGAGACAUUCCCACGAGAGGCUCCUCUCCAGAUUUCAUGCGGUCAAAGACGCUAGAGAGAGGGCCUCGAAACUAAGCUGUAGCUGCUCGAGAAAUUAGGGAUUCAGUUAAUUACUGAUUACUCGGGUCUUAAAUUUAUCGGGUGGAACACCAAAAAUGCUAGAAUUAAGCCCAUUUUCAUAGAAGGCCAUGUACUACAUUUGUAAAUUCAGCUAUUUUAAAUUAAUAAGUUAAGUUUGAUAUAACUUUAGUACAUAUUUUUUGCCUAAGCGACUGGUAUAUUAAGGUAUGCGUGUUACGCAGAGAUAAAUUACUAAAUAAGAAAUUGCCUUGUUGUUUAAUUUCUUUCUUGUGGUUGGUAAGUUAGUCUUGUUAUUGAGUGUCGAUAACCUUUUUUGAGGACAAGCUUGGAUUGCUUUAAUUUUUAUCGAACUUUUUAAAGUAUAAUUUAAGUUAGUUCAGAUGGUAUCGAUACAUUGUACACAGUUUUUAUUUGUUAAGAAAACGUAUAAAAUUGAUAAAAAAUUAAUUCUGAAUUGCUCAAAGUUUUUUGUGAGAGAGUCAAAAGAGUUACUUAAAGUAUUACAGUUAUUGUCUGUCAAGAAAGACUGUUUAUAUAUUAGAGACAUAUGUCUCUUUAAAAAGAUCUCUGUAUAGAAAAUGGAAAAAAUGUAACAUUAUUGUAGAAAUAACUGUAAUUAGUAGUUUAGCUUUCAGCUAUUGAAAUAACUCGUGCAGAUAAACUUAUCGAAUUUUGUUGUUAAUGUAAUCUUAAAUGAUCUCAACGUGCAUUGGUUUCUAUUCAACUUUGCUCUUUGAUUGUUCUAGGAGAAGCUCGCGCCAUCUUCCCAACCAAUCAGAUACAAAACUAAAACUAGUGGCGAUGGUUUUAUUUGCAUUUUCCCGCGCUUUAGGAUGAUGACGUAGAUUUGCUUUGAGUCCUUAAUGGCUUCUUGUCGUAUUUUCCUUUGUUCUGAUUGACUGUUGUUAUGACUUAAAUUGUGGUUUUAUGGCAGUCAUCGCAAAUGGGGCUCAAAAGUAUACGUUUUACUUAACUAACUUCUUUACGAAUAAUGCUUUUGUGGAAAUGAUACAACUAUUUGUGGAGAGAAAAAAUGAAUAGCGUUGAAAGAUC